CAUCUCUUUCACCCAACCUUGAUCUUGGCUCCAACUCACAUCACUCAACAGACGAAUGGAUGCUGGCCUCGAUGCGCGACGCGCAUGAUGACGUCGACCCAUGGGCCGACGCGGAGGAGGUCGACCUGGGCCACGACCAGCCACCAGCUCCACCUGUACGCCCAUCACAAUCUCAGCGAAAGGCCAAACCGUUCAAGACGACGCCCCUCACCUCUCUCCCCGCGAAACGCGACCUUGGAGAUGGCGAGGGGCCGCGGCGGCGCUCGUCCUACGCCGCAUCUGACGCAUCGGAGCCGUACGCUGUCGCGUCCGGCUCGGCAUACAGCGGCUCGCCAUCGAGGAGCACUUCCCACCCCCUCGAGCUUGACAUGCACCUCAAGACUCCACCAGAAAAGGGCAAGGGGCGCGCGCGCUCCUCAUCUGGCCCCUCUCCCUUAUCUCCUCUCGGAGCCUCCCUUUCCCCCCUCUCGGCGUCCACCUCGCCAUCCAUAUCCGCGUCCCGGCAGCGCGCCCCCCAAUCCCUCGCAUUAGCCGGCCUGGGAGGACUUGGAGGCAACAGCUUGAGCGACUUCCGGGAUGUUUCCCGUCCCGGCCUGGCACGCGCAACCUCUGAGACGGAACGCGCCGCUAGCGUCGGCAGCUGGUCCGCUACCAACUCUGAUUUUGGCGAGGACGACAGCGAGCUUGUGGAUGUUAUUGUGCACGCCGUCGGCGGAGGCGAAAGCCUCGCCGGCAUUGCGCUGCGGUAUGGCAUCGAGCUCUCCGUGCUCCGCAAGGCGAAUAAGCUGUGGCCGAGCGAUCCGUUGCUGCGCUCGCAGCUUUUCGUGCCCCUCGAGAGCUGCAAGGCGACCGCAGACUCAUGGAUCGAGCGGCACGAGGAGGAAGUGGUGCUUGUACGUCGCCGGAAGCGCCGAAGAGGGUCGGGAAGCGGAACGGCGUCGCCAACCAGUCCGCGCACGCUGAGCUCGGAACCCAGCACGCCGCGUGGCGAACCCCCACGUCUCCCUGAUGCACCUGGCUCGCCCCGGCGGAGCGAGGAGCCCAAGACGAGGGAAGAGCUUGAGCGAAUCCCCCUCGAGGUUGCGCGCAUCUCCGCGUCGCAGCUCAGAUUCUUCCCGCACCGGCCUAACCGCGGCCGAUCAAGCCUCGAAGAUCGACGCAUGACUACCGAUAACGCGCGCCGUCCCAGAGGCUUGUUUGCGGCGCUCACCCUCGCAGACAGCGACGACGAGUACGAGCCUCGCGCGCCGCACCGCGUUACCGUCCGCAGCGGGGCAUACGCAGAGCCGCCCACCUCGCCGAAGAAGGAGGAGCGGAAGGAGAAGCCGAAGGAGAAGAGGAAGAACAAGGUCGUGCGUCUCCGUCCGCCGGUCGCACAACCGCCUCCCCCACCGAAUGCUGGAAUCGCCAGCCGCAUCCAGAACUUCUUCUCUGUCCCUCCGCCUCCGACAAACCUCCCCGCGCCUGCCCUGCCGCCCGCAGAGCGAAGUAACGGUGAAGAGAGGGUACGGUCUCCCGAGCUUGUCGAGAUGGAUUCGGCGCCUCCGCGGCGGACGGACAAGAAGCGCGAUUAGAUAUGUAGCCAACAUGUAAAUCCAUUAUCCUGAC